GUGCGCCUGCGCCGGGUCUGAGCGUCAGACACUGCGCCUGCGCAAGGGGGCUGAGCGCAGACAUUGCGCCUGCGCAGGACUGCCAUCAGUUAAAGCGCAUGUGCCGCAGGAGCUAGUGCGGAAGUGAGGGGAGAGGCCGAGAGAAAUUUGGGUACUGCGCAUGGACUGAGCGUGACGUUGAGGUUUGAAAUAACCGGCAAAGAGUGAAGGCUGGAACUAGCUUCCUGAAAGCUUCGUACGGCCGGAGCCCUGUGAGCCCAGGUUCUGCGCCCACUAGGAGGUGUCAUGCUGACUGCUUUUUUCAAAGCCCUAGAAUCUUGGCUUCGGCGUUUGGGGUAAGCCCCGUUCUCGUUCACGUUCUGGUUCUCAAGCGAGUUUCCGCGAACUCUCGCGGGAUUGACUGGCCGUCUCGAGAGCCGGUAUCUCCUAGGAGCUAGUCCUGGUCCUCCGCUAGGCGGCUUGGGGUCGCAGCCUAACUCGGAGCCAGCCUGACGCCGGCCGAUCACGCCUGUGAUCCUGGCAACGAUGGAUGAUGACCUGAUGUUGGCACUGCGGCUUCAGGAGGAGUGGAACUUGCAGGAGGCCCAGCGCGAUCAGGCCCAGGAGUCCCUGUCGCUAGUGGACGCUUCGUGGGAGUUGGUGGACCCCACGCCGGACUUGCAGGCCCUGUUUGUUCAGUUUAACGACCAGUUCUUCUGGGGCCAGCUGGAGGCCGUCGAGGUGAAGUGGAGCGUGCGAAUGACCCUGUGUGCUGGGAUAUGCAGCUAUGAAGGGAAGGGUGGAAUGUGUUCCAUCCGUCUCAGCGAACCCCUUUUAAAGUUGAGACCAAGAAAGGAUCUUGUAGAGACCCUCCUGCAUGAAAUGAUACAUGCCUAUUUAUUUGUCACUAAUAAUGACAAAGACCGAGAAGGGCAUGGUCCAGAAUUUUGUAAACAUAUGCAUCGCAUCAACAGCCUGACUGGAGCCAAUAUAACGGUCUACCAUACUUUUCACGACGAGGUGGAUGAAUAUCGGCGACACUGGUGGCGCUGCGAUGGGCCGUGCCAGCACAGGCCGCCCUAUUACGGCUAUGUCAAACGAGCUACUAACAGGGAACCCUCUGCUCAUGACUAUUGGUGGGCUGAGCACCAGAAAACCUGUGGAGGCACUUACAUGAAAAUCAAGGAACCAGAGAAUUACUCAAAAAAAGGCAAAGGAAAGACAAAACUAGGAAAGCAACCAGUAUCAGCCGCAGAGAAUAAAGAUAAACCCAACAGAGGUGAGGCCCAGCUAGUAAUCCCUUUUAGUGGGAAAGGAUAUGUUCUAGGAGAAACAAGCAAUUUACCUUCACCUGGGAAAUUGAUCACUUCACAUGCCAUUAAUAAAACCCAAGAUCUUUUAAAUCAAAACCAUUCAGCAAAUGCUGUAAGACCUAAUUCUAAAAUCAAGGUGAAAUUUGAACAGAAUGAUUCAAGUAAAAAUUAUCCUCUGGUCUCCCCUGCUGUUAAUAACAGUCACCAAAAUGUUCUAAGCAACUACUUUCCUAGAGUAUCCGUUGCCAACCAAAAGGCUUUCAGAGGUGUGAAUGGAUCUCCAAGGAAAAGUGAAACAGUUGGCAACAUCCCUAAAAACUCAAUAUCUUCUAGUUCUCAAAGAAGGGUUUCAUCUUCUAAGAUAUCCUUAAGAAAUUCUUCAAAAGUAAUGGAAUCAACAUCUGUGAUGCCGUCCCGGGAUGUGAGUGGGUCUGAAGAUACAUUCCCAAAUAAACGACCUCGGCUAGAAGAUAAGACUGUUUUUGACAAUUUUUUUAUCAAGAAAAAACAAAUAGAAAGCAGUGGUAAUGAUCCAAAGUAUAGUUCAUAUCCUACAACCACAACUCAGAAUUCCAGCAGUUCAUCCAGCCAGAGCAAAAUGGUUAAUUGCCCAGUUUGUCAGAAUGAAGUUUUGGAGUCUCAGAUUAAUGAGCACUUGGACUGGUGCCUCAAAGGUUACAGCAUCAAAGUCAAAAGCUGAAGAAAGUCUUUGAAAAAGGUUUCAAAAUCUCAAAUAAAUACCACCUGUAUUACCUCACUAAUGUGCUAUGUCAGCCAGUCAGGAAGUUCUGGUUAAUACUGAAAUUUGUAGGUUAUAAUCCAGUUCAUAUAACCAAUACAAAAUGUCCUGUUUUAUAUAUCCACAUAUAAGAUUGUAAUUUGAAAAUGUUUUAUGUCUCAGGGUGCUACAUUCACUCUUGCCUUAGGUAUACUGUAACCCAGGUUCUGCCUGUCAUGUAUAAUUUUUAGAUACUUUUGUUCUUUCUUGCUCUUAAGGAUUUUAAAAAUCUGUUAAUCUUUUCAUUUGUAUACAUUCCUAGAAACACUCAUAUGGGGAAUCCUGUCAGGUAUUUGGUUAUAUUGACUAUUUCUUUAUUAAUAGUAUUAGAACUCAUUCCCUGAACUGAUGCAAAUCUUCAUAGUGUCAGACAUACUGACCAAAACCACAAUCUAGACUACAAAGUAUAUUGUUUUAGAGUACUCAAAUUGUAUUAUUUAUUAAUUUUUUUGUUUGCAGAAUCUUAACAGGAACUGUGUUUUCUAGAUUUUAAAGAAUUUUAUUAGCCGGGCGUGGUGGCUCAAGCCUGUAAUCCCAGCACUUUGGGAGGCUGAGACGGGCGGAUCACAAGGUCAGGAGAUCGAGACCAUCCUGGCUAACACGGUGAAACCC